UGAUAAAAAAUUGGCUGCUGGAUUCGACAAAGUGUCUUGAAAUAACGCUAUCCUUAUUUAUAUAUUUACAAUAAAUAAGGUUUAAAUUGUCUUUAAAUACAUAAUUUUUUUUUUUAAACGCGUCGCCCGGGUGUCCCCUCGAUUCUUUCAUACAAAAACAGCUAAAACCCUAAAAAGAAAAAACCAUCACAGACACUUUCCCUCCUUUUUCAUGGCAUGAGUCACUCUUCUUCCCUAGUUUUAAACCCUAAUCCUAUGGCUUUUUCUUCCGUUCUCCGCUUAUCUUCCUCUCUCUUCCGUCACCACCUCCCUCUCGCCCAGACCCGCUUCUCUAGGCUCCGCCACGGCUUUUCUAAACUCCGGUUCUUAUCAACAGGCUCUCCCUCUGGGACCCUCCUCCGGCCAGUGCAGGCACGCCGCAGAGACUAUUCUCCGGGGAGAGAGCAGAGGGACAAUGAAGAGCAAAAUGGCGGUCUCUUGGUGAGUGAUUCUAAUGGGGGCAGGAAUGGGCGAGUGGUGCCUACCGAGCUCCACAAAGAGGCCACAGAAGCUUACAUGGCCUAUGCCAUGUCAGUUUUGCUUGGAAGGGCUUUGCCAGAUGUCAGGGACGGGCUGAAGCCUGUGCACCGGAGGAUAUUAUUUGCAAUGCAUGAAUUGGGUCUUUCCUCAAGAAAGCCAUUCAAAAAAUGUGCUAGAGUUGUUGGUGAGGUUCUAGGUAAGUUUCAUCCCCAUGGAGACACUGCUGUCUAUGAUGCACUGGUGCGAAUGGCACAGGAUUUCUCUUUAAGGAGUCCACUCAUCCAGGGGCAUGGGAAUUUCGGUUCAGUUGAUGCGGAUCCUCCAGCCGCAAUGCGUUAUACAGAGUGCAGGCUGGAAGCACUCACAGAAGCAGUUUUGUUGGCAGAUCUUGAACUUGAUACAGUGAAUUUUGUUCCUAAUUUUGAUAAUUCCCAAAAGGAACCUUCACUUUUGCCUGCUCGUCUUCCAACAUUAUUGUUAAAUGGUUCAUCUGGUAUUGCGGUUGGCAUGGCAACCAACAUUCCUCCUCAUAACCUUGGUGAGCUAGUGGAUGUGCUAUGUGCACUAAUUCAUAAUCCAGAAGCCACUUUGCAGGAGUUGAUGGAAUACAUGCCUGGACCUGAUUUUCCAACUGGAGGACUAAUAAUGGGAAACCUUGGGAUUUUAGAGGCAUAUCGAACUGGGCGAGGCCGCAUCAUAGUCAGAGGAAAAACAGAUGUUGAAUUGCUUGACUCUAAAACCAAGCGAAUUGCAGUUAUCGUAAAAGAGAUUCCUUAUCAAACCAACAAGGCUUCUCUUGUGGAAAAGAUUGCUGAACUUGUAGAGAACAAGAAUUUAGAUGGCAUCAGUGACAUUCGUGAUGAAAGUGAUCGUUCUGGAAUGCGUAUUGUGGUUGAGCUGAAACGUGGAGCAGAUCCAUCGGUUGUGUUAAAUAAUCUUUAUCGUCUUACUCCUCUUCAAUCUAGCUUUAGCUGCAAUAUGGUGGGCAUUCUUGAUGGACAACCCAAACUAAUGGGUCUGAAAGAUCUGCUUCAGGCAUUCUUAGAUUUUAGAUGCUCUGUUGUUGAGAGACGUGCCAGGUUUAAGCUUUCCCAGGCUCAAGAGAGAAGACAUAUUGUUGAGGGUAUUGUGGUGGGACUUGAUAAUUUGGAUGAAGUGAUUCGUAUAAUUAAGCAGGCUACAAGCAAUGCAGCUGCAUCUUCUGGUUUGAGGAAUGAAUUAAAUCUUUCUGAGAAGCAAGCUGAAGCCAUAUUGGACAUAAGCCUCAGAAGACUUACUCUACUUGAGAGAAAGAAGUUUGUAGAUGAAAGUAAAUUGUUGUCAGAACAAAUCUCCAGGCUAGAGGAACUGUUGUCAAGCAGGCAAAACAUAUUACAGUUAAUUGAACAAGAAUCUGUAGAGCUCAAGAAUAAGUUUUCCAGUCCAAGGCGUUCGUUGUUGGAGGACUCUGACGGUGGUCAACUUGAAGAUAUAGAUGUUAUUCCAAAUGAAGAAAUGCUUCUGGCACUUAGUGAAAAGGGUUAUGUGAAGCGUAUGAAGCCCAAUACCUUUAAUCUAAAAAAAAAAAAAAAAAAAAAAAAAAGCGCACAUUCACUUUUCGAUUUUGAGGCCGUGUCGGACACUCCUUUAUGACAUUAUAACUUGCCAACUUAUUUCCACAGUGAUCGGGGAAUUGUGUACUCAGCUCGUGCUUUUAAAAUUCCAGAAUGCACCAGGACUGCUGCAGGCACACCACUGGUCCAGAUCUUAUCUUUAUCUGAAGGUGAAAGAGUAACUUCCAUCAUUCCUGUGAGUGAGUUUUCUGAAGAUCAGUUUCUACUUAUGCUCACUGUCAAUGGUUACAUCAAGAAAGUGCCUCUGAAUGUUUUCUCAGCCAUACGUUCAACAGGAAUCAUUGCAAUUCAAUUGGUUCCUGGUGAUGAAUUGAAAUGGGUUCGCUGUUGUACAAAUGAUGAUCUCGUGGCAAUGGCUUCACAAAAUGGAAUGGUUAUCCUAAGUGCCUGUGAAAAUAUCCGAGCACUAAGCCGGAAUACCAGAGGUGGAGUGGCCAUGAGACUAAAACAGGGAGAUAAGAUGGCAAGCAUGGACAUAAUACCGGCUGCAAUGCGAGAAGACUUGGAAAGGAUAUUAGAAGAUCCUAAGAACAAGAAUAAGGGUGGGGCUCCAUGGUUGUUAUUUGUGUCUGAGAAUGGUCAUGGAAAGCGGGUUCCUCUUACUAGCUUUCGACUAUCACCUUUAAAUAGAGUUGGUUUAAUUGGUUAUAAGUUUGCUGCAGAGGAUCGCUUGGCAGCAGUUUUUGUGGUUGGGUUCUCAUUAUCAGAUGAUGGUGAAAGUGAUGAGCAAGUGGUUCUAGUAAGCCAAAGUGGUACUAUAAAUAGGAUUAAAGUUCGUGAUAUUUCAAUACAGUCCCGCUUUGCAAGGGGCGUUAUUCUGAUGCGGCUGGAGCAUGCUGGGAAGAUUCAGUCAGUGUCCUUGAUUUCUGCAUUGGAGGCUGAGCCCAAGGAAGAUGCAACAGAAGUCGAGGCGCCUGUAACUUUUUCCCAGGCUUCAUAGUCUAGUGCAAAUUUUAGGAAUUUUUGUAUAUGCUAUGUAGAAUAGUUUAAUGACUAUAACAUCUUAUACAGUCUGAAACAAUUUUUGAGAUGACUGGUGGUUGAACAUCUUGUAUUAUGUCAAUUUUUUAAUUUAUGAAAGCUUCCUUGCAGGGCGGUCCAUGGGACAUGAUCUUUAA